AUGUCGAUCCCUCGCGAUGUUCAAGAGUUCCUGGACUGCUAUCCAGACAUUGACGACGAGCCUGACCUGAGCGAUAACCUCUUGUUUUACCUGAACAAGCUUCGAUGUCGUCCAGAUAGAAAACUCAUCGAAGAGAUUCACGAAGAGUGGUUUGGAGACUAUGAUACAUUGGAGUAUAAGCACGGUUUCAUCCAGUGGCUAUUCCCUAUCCGCGAAUAUGGAAUGAACUACCAGUCCCAACCUCUGCAGCCCCAUGAAAUCCAAGCCAUGAAAGCGGAUCCAAUUGUCAUCGGGCGCAUCAUCGAGUCCUACAAGCUCAUGCUUGACUUCUACGGCAUGAGACUUGUUUCAGCAGAGACUGGGCUGGUGGAUCGCGUCCGUCCGCCCCGAAACUACGUCAGCCGAUACCGAAACCUCGUCAGGUCUUCUCACAACUAUCUUCGGAUAUCCAGAAUCAUGAAAUGUCUUUCUGAACUGGGUUUAGAGCGCCUCAACUAUGGAUUCCUACUCCACGUCCUAAACGAACAGAGCGAACACAACGAGCUGAACACACCUGGAUUGCGCAACAGCAUGGACCGAUGGUGGGCGAACUGUAUCAGAAACGAGGAACGUCGGAAUGCGAUUAGGGCCUUGAUACAUAGAGUUCGUGACGUAGAGGACGACUAUGCCUUUACACGAAAGGAGUACGAGGCGAAUCUCUGGGCUGGAGGCGCGGUGCCUGGGGACGAGAGUCCAAAGGAUGGGCUCGCGGAGUCAACGGAGUAG